AUGGUCACCUCUGAAGAUUCCUCCGAAGAAGAAUUGCUGUCAGUAUCCUUUGAUUCACAUGAAGGAAAUGUACAUGCAGUCGAUGAAGACAAUUUUCCUGAGAAGAAAAUCUUUGCGACAAUGGAAAUUGCAGGAGCAAAUAUUCAAAUGCAAAUUGACACGGGUGCCUCAUGUAAUGUUUUACCUCAGAAAUAUGUGCUCUCAGGAACACUCAUUACUAAGACUGACCGUACUUUGAAGAUAUUUAGCAAGUCUACUUUGCCUGUCUUAGGAACAUGUAGAGUGAGCAUGCGUAACCCAAAGAACAGCAAGAAGUACAAUGUCGAAUUUCUCGUUGUGAAAGGCAUUUAUACAUCGUUGAUCGGAUCUCGUGCUUCCGAGCAAAUGAACCUGGUAACAGUUCACCAAGAAAACACUCAGCAAAUUACCACUGACGCUCAAAGUCUCACCCUGAAUCAAGUAACAGAAGAGUUUGGAAAGGUGUUUAAAGGACAAGGCUGUAUGGAAGGAAAACUGCACCUCAAAAUUGACGCAAAAGUUACACCAGUGAUUAAUCCACCUCGUCAAGUCCCGUUUGCACUCAAAGAUAAGUUGAAGUCUGAACUAGACUGGUUAGAGAGACCACAAAUGAUCCGGAAAGUAAAAGAGCCUACUGAAUGGGUGUCAAGCCUCGUAGUGGUGGAAAAGCCGAAUGGAAAGUUGAGGGUUUGCAUCGACCCAAUCCACUUGAAUAAGGCGCUGAAAAGAUCGCACUACCCUUUACCCGUAAUAGAAGACGUCCUUCCUGAGCUAUCCAAUGUCAAAGUUUUCAGCAAAGCCGACCUUAAAGAUGGUUUCCUACACAUUGAGCUUGAUGACGAGUCAUCUUUAUUGACCACCUUCCAGACAUCGUGGGGACGCUACUGUUGGAAGCGUAUGCCCUUUGGAAUUUCACCCGCUCCCGAGCUGUUCCAGCAAAAGCUUGACCAAAACCUAGAAGGGCUACCCAGUGUACACAAGUUCUUCGAUGACCUGCUUAUAACAGGAAAGGGUCCUACCCUCUCAGAAGCAACCCAGGACCAUGAUAAGAACUUAAGAGGUCUUUUAGAAAGAUGCCAAGAAAGGAACAUGAAGCUCAUUAGGGACAAGUUCAUGUUCAAGUGCUCCAAAGUUUCAUUUAUCGGUCACUUAUUGACUAGCGAAGGAUUGAAGCCUGACCCACAGAAAGUAGAAGCUAUCUGCAACAUGCACAAACCUGAAGAUGUUUAA